CUAGCGUUCGACGCAUGCGCACUGCGUUUUGAACUUCCAGUUGACAUGGGAAGGUGCUGUAUAGCUUUUUAACGUGUUACUCGGCGAAAUAUUGGGUAACGGGUAAUGUAUGUUUACUGCGGUUAUUAAUCCGGAUCAGUUCACCGUUGAUAUAUCUAGGCAGAUUCUUAUUCCUGGAGUUCUGUGGGGUCCGUCAGCUCCCAUUGAUGAAGGACCAGCAAGAUGGAGACCUCCUGGACGAGGACUCGCCACAGGACAAUGGAGUCGUGCAGACCAGUCAGUACAGCUCCAUUUCUCCUCCUGUCUCCCCGGAGGUCGACGGUCAACCCCUCGACACCUACUUUGACGAGAAAGUGCCAAUUCCUGACAGCGUCAACCAGGUGUUCAGCUUCCGGAAACUCUGGGCCUUCACUGGACCUGGCUUCCUAAUGAGCAUUGCUUAUUUGGAUCCAGGCAACAUCGAGUCUGACCUGCAGUCUGGAGCUAAAGCUGGCUUUAAGCUCCUGUGGGUUCUCCUGGGCGCCACCAUCAUUGGACUGCUGCUGCAGAGGAUGGCUGCACGUCUAGGUGUGGUCACUGGAAUGCACCUUGCUGAAGUCUGCAACCGCCAGUAUCCUACUGUCCCUCGCAUCAUCUUGUGGCUGAUGGUUGAGCUGGCGAUCAUUGGCUCUGACAUGCAGGAAGUCAUCGGCUGUGCAAUAGCUCUAAACCUGCUGUCUGUGGGACGCAUUCCUCUGUGGGCUGGAGUCCUGAUCACUAUCACUGACACCUUUGUAUUCCUCUUCCUGGAUAAAUAUGGUCUGAGGAAACUUGAAGCUUUCUUUGGCUUUCUCAUCACUGUGAUGGCGCUAAGUUUUGGCUAUGAGUACGUCCUUGUAGCGCCAGACCAAGGCCAAGUUCUGAAGGGAAUGUUCCUGCCGUACUGUGCCAACUGUGGGCCGGUGCAGCUGGAACAGGCGGUGGGGAUUGUGGGAGCCGUCAUCAUGCCGCACAACAUCUACCUACACUCUGCUCUGGUCAAAUCUCGGGAAAUCGAUCGAAAAGACAAGAAAGAAGUAAAAGAAGCCAACAAGUAUUUCUUCAUCGAGUCGACCAUCGCUCUCUUCAUCUCUUUCCUCAUCAACGUUUUUGUCGUGGCUGUAUUUGCUCAGGCCUUUUACCAGAAAACAAACAUGGACAUUUAUUUGAAGUGUAAUUCCACCCACAUCCCUGAGAAAGGGAUCUUCCCUUUCAACAAUGAAACUCUGGAGGUGGACAUCUACAAAGGGGGGGUGGUCCUGGGCUGCUUCUUCGGCCCAGCAGCCCUUUAUAUUUGGGCUAUCGGCAUCCUUGCGGCUGGUCAGAGCUCCACCAUGACAGGCACCUAUUCUGGACAGUUUGUAAUGGAGGGUUUCCUGAACCUGCAGUGGUCACGCUUCGCUCGGGUCUUGUUGACCAGGUCCAUUGCCAUCACACCCACACUGCUGGUGGCUAUUUUCCAGGAUGUACAGCAUCUGACUGGGAUGAAUGACUUCCUGAAUGUGCUCCAGAGUAUGCAGCUUCCCUUCGCUUUGAUUCCCAUUCUGACCUUCACCAGUAUGACCUCAGUGAUGAACGAUUUUGCCAAUGGCCUGUUUUGGAAGAUUUCUGGAGGCAUCGUGAUCCUGGUGGUCUGUGCGAUCAACAUGUACUUCGUAGUAGUAUACGUGACGGCGCUUGACAGUGUGCUGUUUUACGUGCUGGCUGCUCUGCUGUCUGUGGCCUACCUGUGUUUUGUAGGCUACCUGGCUUGGCACUGUUUGGUUGCUCUGGGAGUUUCCUGUCUGGACUUUGGCAGCAGGAUACAGCUGGGACUCUCGCGACGCCCAGAUAUUUACCUUCUGAACGACAUGGAGACGGAGACCUUCGAGGAGAGACAGCUGGCUGGACGGUGACCCGUGGUGAUUCAGAUUAUGACCUGGGACCACUGAAGCUUGGCCAGAACUGGAACACCAUCACUGUCUCAGUGCCUCACACUCAUUCAAGUGUCCUUAUGCGAUAUUGCACACUUGGCUGCGACCUGGAAACCUCAUCCUGCAAUUGUGUUUAGGUUGAAAAUCAUUAUCAUGAAUUAAAGUGUAGGAUGAUGACGAUGUGGUAGCGAGAUACCAAAACGGUCUGAUGGGAUGCUGCAUCACUGUUUUUGCUUUGAAAGUUCAGAUGGAAAUUUCCAUUUUUUUAAACAUUUUUUCAUGUGAAGCACAGCCAGUGCCAUGUGUAGGAGUGUAGGUUGCACUGUUUCUUCUGUACAGUUCCCUCAGACUGGUGCGGAACCACCCAGUUUUUAACAAAGCAUAUCAUUCUUUUUGACCGACUUCCAUACGAUUUCUUUCCAUCUAUUUGAUUAUAAGUAGAAUUAGAUGCUGAUCAUAGAUUUUUUUUUUUUCAAACUCUCUUGAAUAAUUAACCCAAAACACUCUCUCCUCCUUGCAAUAAUGGACAUUGGAAGUCAAUGAGCAGAUGCACCAGCAACACUCUACUCAUGAACACUUGGCUCUCCGCUUAACACCUUUGUUUCCAAAUCUCCAGGACGGUCCAUAUUUUGAUCAAACAUUUCCACCUGUCUGACGCUGUGUGUUUCACUCUUGCUGCCAAAACUCCAGCAUCUGCAGUGGCCAGUACCUCUGAAAAUGGGAUAGUUUUAUUGGUAUUUAUUAAAACUUGAAUAGUCCAAGUGUGCUUUGUAUUUUUAUAGGGUCUGUUUGAUGUCAAAACAUUAUUACAAAGUAAUUAUAAGUUAUAUUUCUAUGUCAGAAUUGGAUGUAGAUAUUUUUCCUGCUGUGCAUUUUUACACUUUUGUUUUUUAGUAUGUAAAUCCCCUCAUUUUGUUCAUCACUGCAAAAGGGUACAAAAUAAAAAAAGCAUAU